AUGUUCACCGAAUUGUAUAACAACAUUUACGAUUUCUUGACAACUGCCGAAGAACGCCAAAUAAAUGCUAUGUCGGUUAUUUAUCUUGGAAUGAAAGAAGACCGCUGGAUUCCGCAAAACAAAUUAAGAUCAAUUAUAGACCGAGUCGUAGCUUCCGCUAGCAAUGUAUAUAUGGAUACUUCGUCGCGUCAAUUAAGAAUUCUACGGAUUCUUCCACAGAUGAGUGCUGAAUAA